CUGCCUCCUGAAUAUUAACGACCACACCAUUUCCAUAGUAGGAUUCGUAAGUUCGCUUCUGGGAGCGAUAAUACCGCAGUCGGUGUGUUUGGUCCGUUUGGUUUGUUUGUCCCGCAAUAAUGUCCUCAAGAAAAUUCUUCGUCGGGGGAAACUGGAAAAUGAACGGCGAUAAAGAGACUCUGGGCGAGCUCAUAAUGACCUUGAACACGGCCAGUCUCAACGAUGAAACAGAGGUGGUGUGUGGAGCACCGUCCAUCUAUCUUGAUUAUGUGCGGUCUAAGCUGGACCAGAGGAUCGGUGUGGCCGCCCAGAACUGCUAUAAGGUACCCAAAGGAGCCUUCACCGGGGAGAUCAGUCCAGCGAUGAUUAAAGACUGCGGCAUCGACUGGGUGAUUUUGGGCCAUUCUGAGAGGCGUCAUGUGUUUGGCGAGUGUGAUGAGCUGAUUGGCCAGAAAGUGGCCCACUGCCUAGAGAAUGAUUUGGGUGUGAUCGCCUGCAUUGGGGAGAAGCUAGAAGAGAGAGAAGCUGGAACCACUGACGACGUGGUGUUUGAACAGACUAAAGUCAUUGCAGACAAUGUGAAGGACUGGGCUCGUGUGGUUUUAGCGUAUGAACCAGUGUGGGCGAUUGGCACUGGAAAAACUGCCACUCCUGAUCAGGCUCAGGAGGUGCAUGAGAAGCUGAGAGGAUGGCUGAGAGAGAACGUGUCAGAUGCAGUAGCCGACUCUGUGCGCAUCAUCUACGGAGGCUCUGUCACUGGGGGAAACUGCAAAGAGCUUGCGGCUCAGGCUGAUGUUGAUGGCUUCCUGGUUGGAGGUGCUUCCCUUAAGCCAGAGUUUGUUGACAUCAUAAAUGCCCGCUCAUAGAGAUGCUCAACCAUUUUGAGGGUCCAAACUGCUGCACUGCACAAUCAGUAUAUACCAGCUUCUUGUUGUCACUCCAGCAGGUCUGAAUGCGUAUUUGUGGUUGCAUUGCUUUAACUCGCCUGCUUGUUAAAUGGUUGAGUUGGGUUAUUGGACUGGAAUAUUAAUAUUAACUCCCUUCCUACUAAAAAUGUGAGCACAUUAGUUUCUUAUUUGCUGCUGCGCUUGAAUAAACUACUGUGUGUUGUCUAAGCACACUAUUUGAAGUAUAACACACUGAUUAACUUACAAGACCAGUAGUGACUUUAAAAGCACUUUAUCCUCUGUAGAAAUGACUACCUCGGUAGAAAAUAAAAAAAUGACUUGUC